UCCGAAGCGAGACGCAACUGAAUCGACUCCAUUCACAAUGACCGACGCCGACGUAAAGGACAAGAUCGAUGAUCGCGACCGCGGGCGCAUGGCUGGGAUUGCGCCAGUCAAGGCCGAAUACCUUGUACAGACCGAGACCACCCUCACUCGCUCGGCGCCCGACGACGACGCCGCGGAGGCGGGCAAGGAGCGCGAUGAAAAGCGCCAGAAGACCAAGGGCGGGUGGAAAGCGCGUACAAAGUGCCAGAAGCCCGUCUUGACCGGCGAGCGCUCAGUCCGCAUGUGCAGCGGGUGGGAGAAGACCGGCCAGUGUCCCUACGGCGAGAAGUGCAAGUUCGCGCACUCGUGGGGCGCAUACUUUGCCGUCAAGCCGGUCGACAUUCAUUACCAGAAGUCUGCGCUCGGAGAGGAAGCGCCCUUCGUGCAGACCGUCGAUAGGCAGCCCGGGGGCGAAGACGGCAUCGGCAAGACCAUCGACCUCUCGACCACCUGCCCCGUCUACGCCGAGCUCGGAUACUGCACCUUUGGUUGGCGGUGCCGCUUCCUCGGCGGGCAUGUUAAGCGGGCAGAGGAAGGGGAAGACACCCUUACCCGUGUCGGCGGUUGGGAGCUACUUGGUUUCCCGGACAUGGAAGGGAGCAAGGAAGGGCGGAACCGUGAGGUCAACUGGGCAAAGGUUGACGUGCUGCAUUCUCUGCAGAAGAACAAGUACGACUACGACUUCUCUCCGCGGUACCUCGCGGUUGUGGAGCCUAACAAGACCUUUGGGCGGAAGCCGAAGAAGCAGCCAAAGAAGAAGAGGGGACCCGUCGACGAGGAGGAGGCGAUGAAUGAAGAAGAGGCGAUGAACGCAGGCGACUCGUCGAACGGCGCCGUGAACGAGGAAGAGGCCAUGAACGACGACACCAAUGGAGAGGAGAAGGGCGUGAUCCUCGGUGAGGCCGAGGCCAUGGACGUUCCUCUUCGACCGGAGGAGAAGCGCCGGCUCAACUGGGACAACGGGUUGUACCUUGCCCCGCUCACGACCGUCGGCAACUUGCCCUUCCGCCGCUUGUGUACCGACUACGGUGCCACCAUUACAAUCUCGGAGAUGGCGCUUGCCGAGCAGAUUGUACAGGGCAAGAACGAGGAGUGGGCGCUUGUCCGCCGGCACGAAAGCGAAAAGAUGUUCGGUGUUCAGCUCGCCGGUGGGUGGCCAAACCGCAUGGUGCCCGCCGCCGAGGUGCUUGCUCGGGAACUCGGCCCAGGCGGUAUCGACUUUGUCGACAUCAACAUGGGGUGUCCAAUUGAUCUGCUGUUCAAGCAGGGCGCGGGGAGUGCACUCAUGGACAACGCGAGACGCCUCGGCAAGAUCUGCGUGGGCAUGAACCGCGCUCUUGGAGAGAUCCCGCUUACGGUCAAAUUCCGUACCGGUGUCGCGAACAAUCACCCAAAUGCGCACAAGCUGAUUCCGCGUUUUGCGAAUGAAUGGGGAGCAAGUGCGAUGACGCUACACGGCCGCUCGCGCCAGCAGCGCUACACCAAGCUUGCGGACUGGUCCUAUAUCCGGCAAUGUGUCGAGGUGCUGCGCGAGAGCACGGCGGACGCGGGCCUGCCGCCCGUGCCCAUUUUCGGAAACGGCGACUGCUACUCGGCUCAGAGCUACUGGGAGGAGAAGGAGGCAAGCGGCGUUGACGGCGUCAUGGUCGCUCGCGGCGCACUUAUCAAGCCGUGGCUGUUUACUGAGAUUGCUGAGCGGCGCGAGUGGGACAUUUCCGCGACGGAGCGACUCGAAGGGAUCCGGAAGUUCGCCGAGUAUGGCCUGUCGCAUUGGGGCGCGGACACGCAGGGCGUCAACACUACGCGCCGCUUCCUGUGUGAAGCGCUCUCCUUCCAGAGUCGGUACAUCCCCAUUGGGCUGCUGGAGCGCCUGCCGCCAAUGCUGAACGAGCGCCCGCCAGCUUAUCGGGGCCGGAACGAGCUCGAGACGCUGCUGAGCUCGAGCUUCGUUGGCGACUGGGUCAAGAUUUCGGAAAUGUUCCUCGGCCCCGCGGGCGAUGACUUCAACUUCCAGCCGAAGCACAAGAGCAAUUCGUACGGCGGUGAGGAGGCGCAGGGAUAA